UUCGCCAUCCCUACUUUAAGUUUUGUGCCCGUCAUUCUCCACUAGCGAAAAACAUUUAAAGAUUUCAUUCCGCAUUCUUGUAAAAAAAAUUAUAAAAACAUGCUGAACAAUUAUAAUGGUCUGGCUCAGCCACUGUGGCAAAAUGGACCCACCCCCGGCCAGUUCUACCACUUCACUGGCGGCCAGCAGCCAAUCCAAAAUCUGCCUCGCGAACUGACCCCCGCCGGUCCGUAUGGAACGCAGCGCAACACUGCCAGAAUCACCACAGGAUCCUCAGUUUUGGGCAUUCGCUUUGAUGGCGGCGUCAUGAUUGCAGCCGAUACAAUGGUUUCCUAUGGAUCCCUGUCUCGCUACCAGAGCAUUGAUCGUGUCUUUAAGAUUAACGAAAAGAUCCUGCUGGGAGGUGGAGAUGACUUUGCCGAUAUCCAGUCUAUCAAGCGCACCAUCGACCAGAAGAUGAUCGCUGAUCAAUGUAGCGCAGACGACAUUGAGAUGAAGCCCAAGGAGCUGGCUAUGUGGUUGACCAGAGUGCUUUACAAUCGUCGUACCCGUAUGAAUCCCUUGUUCAUCGAUGUGGUUGUUGGAGGAGUCAAUGAAGAGGGACAGCCCUUAUUGGCCAACGUCGACUUGCGUGGACGAUUCUACGAAGAUUAUGUCGUGGCCACCGGUUUUGCACGCCACUUGGCUAUUCCCUUGGUACGCGAGCGCAAGCCCGCAAAUAGGGAGUUUACUGCCGAGGAGGCUACUACAUUGAUCCGAAAAUGCAUGGAGGUAUUGUACUACCGAGACACCCGUAACACCUCGAAGUACACAGUCGGCGUUAGCACCGCCAGCGGUACCGUUGUGGAAGGCCCAUACAAGGUUGAUGAGAACUGGAAAUUUGCCUCCACCAUCAAGGGAUAUUAAAUAAGGACAACUAGAUCUAUGCGGUUUUUGUAUGAAUUAAAGUCACUCAAGUAAUUUGGUUACAUGAUUAUUUAAAAUAAAUGUGACUAAACAAAAAAAU